GGGGGUGGGCAGUUUUGACAGUAACCCAAGCCAGUACAAACAGACCAAAUAUCCACAGCUACUCUUCAGUCAGAGAGUGAAUGAGCAUCUGGUUGUACGUUGAUUUUGAAUUGGCAAAGAGAUAUCCAGAAAAGCGCCUUUUUUUAUUUAGUCUGAAGUUAUUAAAAGUCUGGGAUGAACUUUGCUCUGGGCUUUAAAGCAGCGAUGGGAGACGCCAGUUCAGUCGUGAACCUAGAGAAGCAGCUCAUUUGUCCCAUAUGUCUGGAGAUAUUCACCAAACCUGUGAUCAUUUUACCCUGUCAGCACAAUCUCUGCAGGAAGUGUGCCAAUGAUGUUUAUCAGGCCUCCAACCCUCUUUGGCAAGACCGUGGAUCUACAACUGUGUCCUCAGGAGGACGUUUCCGCUGCCCAUCAUGCCGUCAUGAGGUGGUUUUAGACCGGCAUGGUGUAUAUGGCCUACAGAGGAAUCUUCUUGUGGAGAAUAUCAUUGAUAUCUACAAAUCAGAGACCAGCAGGCCGCUCCCGCCCAAAACAGAGCAACAACAGUUGAUGUGUGACCAGCACGAGGAGGAGAAGAUCAACGUCUACUGCCUUACCUGUGAGAUGCCCACCUGCUCCAUGUGUAAGGUGUUUGGAGGUCACAAGGACUGUGAGGUGGCCCCGCUGCAGGUCAUCUAUAAGAGACAGAAGACGGAGCUAAGUGAUGCAAUAGCCAUCUUAGUGGCCGGAAAUGACAGAGUACAAGCGCUGAUCUCACAGAUGGAAGAUAUUUGUAGGAACGUUAAGGAUAACAGUCGGCAGCAGAUGCAGCAUAUCUCUGAUAAAUUUGAUGAACUUUAUGCCAUCCUGGAAGAGCGUAAAAGGGAUCUAAUGGAACGUAUAUGCAAUGAGCAAGACCAAAAACUGGGUCACGUACGCGGUCUCAUCCGUCGCCACGGAGACCAUUUGGAGAUGUCUGUUAAACUGGUGGAGACAGCCAUCCAGUCCAUGGAGGAACCUCAGAUGGCUGUGUUCCUACAGAGUGCGAAGGAAGUGUUCAAAAAAAUCACAGACACUGCCAAGGACUCCAACAUUGAGCGGACGGAGGUCGGCUAUGAGAGCAUGGCCCACUUCACCGUCCACACAGAGGAUGUGGCCGACGUGCUGAGAUCCAUCGACUUCCAAACAGGUGAAGAUUUGAAAGACAGUCCAGAUGAAGUUCUUAAAGACCUGACCACCUCGACCGCUCAUCAGAGUGGUGAAUCAGGGAGACCCUAACUUAUUUAGUCCUAACUGAGGGGGUCCCUCAAUGCUAAUAGGACGUCCAGGACCACCCCAGCCCCCCACUUCAAUUCGAACACUGAAUUUAAGUAGCAUUUGCUCAACAACUUUCCAGUUUGUUGACAGGUGGUUAUGCUGUCUUGCAAGUUUAUACCCACCUGUACACUCGUUCUCUAAAUAACCAUUCUUUCUACUUUACUUUAAAGGUCAGAAAGCACACUUACGAGGGCAAGCGGGGGCCGAGACAGAAUGUAGCUUCUUCUCUGCCCUUUUGCUGAUCUAUUAGGACCAUGUGUCCGUAGAGUAAAACCAGUGUUGGGAACAGUAGUAAAUCGCAGUGGCAGGCCCUCCGAAUCCAUUUCCAUGGUUUUUAGUCUUCUUCCCAUGAUCCACCCGCCCCCACUUGGGUUCAAGCCAUGAAUCUACUUCUACCCAUUACUUAAUAACUGCUCAAGCUAUAUGCCACCAGCCAAGAUAUAUGGCAAUGAGAAUAUAUGACAUGAUGUAUGUGCUCACACACGGCGACCUUGUCAGUUAUGCUGUCAGCCUGCUGAUGAAUUCAUAGACUCAAAUGAGUGAUGCAGCGAUGGAGCGUUCGGUCUCUGUAUACGCACAACAACUCCACACAUGGAGCGCGCGGCCGCUUCAAAUCAGGAUGGAUUUUAUUUUGAGGCAGCGGUGCGUCACAAGCUGACGUAUCAGCCUUCACAUAAUUUAAGGUCGUAAUUCUUCCUAGAAUAAACAGAUUUUGUUGGGUGUCACAAAACAGGUUGGAGAGACAAUUUGCUGGAUGAGAUGCCCUCGGUGUUCACCAUGGACUUGUUUAGCAUUAAGCUUGAGCUUGAAAUAUAUCAGCUCGUCUUUAUUUAUGUCAAGGCAUACGUGGCAAAAGAUAGAAACGGUUUUAGGAUACAGUACCGGUGCGCUUUUAUAAAAAAAAUGAACAGUGAGGGUUGGAGUCAAAGAAGAUUCAUGCCAAUGCAAGACACGGUGUGCCCAUUUGCCCCUUUUUAUUCUAUAUAUAGAAACAAUAUAUGGGAUUAGAGCAGACCUAUAUUUUGUUUAUUAUAUU